CCGGAGCGCCCUUGCUUAUAAAUACCUAUCUCAGCGUCAUAUGUUUCAGUUCAAGUAACGUCUGGAUACAGUAUUGUGCUACAACAAUGGUUACCAGCCUGUGUGUGUUGAUACUGGAGGUGGUUCUUCUGUCUUCAGUGCAUGCAUUUCCACCUAUUUUAUACGAAGGUGAUGUGUGUAAGCUGGGAAGAGACAGGAAAGGUCUGUGCAAACCUCUAACCCAGUGCGAGCCAGCGUUACAGCAGUUGCGAACGUCGGGGAUCAAACCCUUCCACUGCAGCUUCAAAGGCUUCGAGGAAGUAGUUUGCUGUGAUGAUGAGAUGUCGCAGAAUCUCCGAAGAAGCGAGUUCGCCUGUCGGGAGUACGCUAACGAACUUCCAUUACGCGUGGAGCCGUUCAUUAGGAAUGGCAGAAACGCGGACCUGGGGGAUUACCCGCACAUGGCUGCCCUGGGGUACAUGGAUCCAUCAGAGCCAUCUCAGAUUGCUUGGAAUUGUGGUGGGACCCUCAUCAGUGAUCGUUACGUGCUAACUGCUGCACACUGUGUUGUGCCCACAACAAGAACAAAGCCACCAGUGCAAGUCAUGUUGGGGGCUGUGAACCUCAAUGAACCAGGCUUCAUGGCAGAGAAGUACCACGUGAAGAGGUGGGUCCAGCAUCCAGAUUACACCUCAGCGACAGUAUACAACGACAUAGCACUUAUUGAGUUGGACAGGAAAGUCCAGUUCUCUGACGACAUCCAGCCGGCCUGCUUGUACACGGCAUCUGAUAUUCCACAAUACAAGCUUGAGAUUAGUGGCUGGGGAUCUACAUCUAGUUCUGGUUCAAGGAAAAGCAAUAUUCUACAGCAUUCAACCCUGAGUCUUGUUCCAAAUGAUAAAUGCAAUGAAAGUUAUACGUUACAAAAGAAAGUUAACAAAGGUAUUCAGGACAUUAUGAUUUGUGCUGGUGACCCUCAAGGCAUGAAUGAUACAUGCAAUGGUGACUCUGGUGGACCACUGCAAGUAAAAACUACAGAAAGCAACGCAUAUUUCAUCGUGGGCAUAACGAGCUACGGGCCAUCUGUGUGCGGUGGUUCUACACCUGGCAUCUACACUCGUGUCAACAAAUACUUGGACUGGAUAGAGAGCAUCAUUUGGAAGAAAUGUAUUAAUAUGAAGAUUCACUACAAGAAGUUUAGGAACAAUGUCAAAGACAACAAAACUUAAGAAUUAUUUUUCUGAAGUGUCAUUUGUGAUUCUGCUUCUAAACACUCGUUGUAAUCUGCUUGUGAGCUCUGAUGUAUUUAUUUUAUAACUGUAUAUAUUUAUUGAACUAAUUUAUUUUGUAAUAAAAUAUUAUUUUAGAAACAAAAAAAUUAAAGAAUUUUUUACUGACAAGUUCAUAGUAAGUUCAAGUUGAGAAUUCAUGGGAGGCCCCCAUUAUUAUACAGUAUCCAAUUACAUCACAACCCUGUUUUUUUCCCUUUUUUCAGAACAACAGCCUUACAUACCACAGAAACACUAAAUGCCUCUCACCAAAGUUUACUGUUGAGAGA